AUGCCCCCGCGCAUCCCUCCCAUUCUACCCCCGCCCCACGGGCCCGACCCGUUGGAGGACACCCGUCGCUUCAAGCGUCGAAGAUUAGACUCGGAUAGGCCCAGUGGCGAGUUCAAGACCAUUCGCUAUGGCAAGCAGGGCCAGGUUGAACCGGGCACACUUACAAUGGAGCUCGUAAGCUGUGAUGGCGGUAUUUACGACGAAGAUCCCAAUCACCUGCCGGAAAAUGUCCUCAAGAAUGACGAUUCUGUCUACUGUACAAAGGGAAACCGCUGCAACAUUGUCUUGAGGCAUCAUGGCGGAACGGUGUUCAGCGUCAAAGAGCUUGUUAUCAAGGCCCCCAAGAGCAGAUUCUCAGCACCUGUCCGCGAAGGCAUGGUGUUUGUGGCCUUGGAAGCAGAUGAACGCUUCGCUCGCACAACCCAGUAUCAAAUCCAGUUCCAGCCUGCCCGAGUCCAGAGUCGUAGCGGUAGCACUUUGUACUCCCAACAGCAAGAAGACGGCAGCCAUAUUCCUCGGUACUACGCCCGACAUCGUAGACCAUAUGAGUACGGCGCUGAAGAUGAAGAUGAAGACGAUGAUGACGACGAAGAUGACGACGAGGAGGAAGAAGACGAAGAAGAUGAAGAGGGAGACCACAGCCUUGCCCAGAUUCCUCCGGAGUUCACCAUUUCGCAUAAUCUCCACACCGUCACUACCGAGUUGAGCGAUGAUGAAAGCAACGAAGAUGCACCCCACCGGGGCCUUCCUCGGCGCCGUACCCCGAACCGCAUAGGGUCGCUCUCAUUUGAAAGUGAGAGUAGCGAUGAUGGGAUGGGCCCUAAUUGGGAAGGCCGCCACUUUCCCAUGUGGGCCCCCCUUACAGAAAACACCUUUGGUUCAGGGCGUCAUCACCAUUACGGCUCUCACGGCUCUGCUUCUAGAGCAGCAGCAUCAUCAUCAUCGCACGGUCCUGCAAGCAGCGGACGAUCGUCUCGUGAAAUCCAACCCAGCACCGGCGGCUCGGGAACCCAGGAUGUCGCCCAGGAUUCUGCUCGCAGCAAUGGAAACAGCGAGCUCCUUUCACCCCUUGCCCACUUUUUCAUCAAGAAGGGCAAGUCGCGCUGUACCAUCCACUUCGACCCUCCAAUUAGCGCACGCUACUUGCUGCUCAAGAUGUGGUGUCCAGAGGGAGAUGGUUGUGGCAAGAACAUCGACAUCCAGGCGGUCAUUGUGAAGGGAUUUGCUGGCCCUAGGUUCUCUCCUGCUUUUGAACUGGCUUAG